AUGGUGGAACUCUCCUACUGGGAUCCCGUACGUCUAUAUCGUAUCUCAUUCUCUUCGGAUCCGACUGUUAACAAAACAAUAACCGUAGCAAUAUUCGGGUAUAUUGCGGAUAGGACUAGAUCACCAAAAGGGCCAUUCAUCGUCGGCCUACUCGCUCUCGCGCUCUCGACGGCACUUUUCAUGCUGGCUAGAUCUCCUGCUUUAUUUGUGAUUGCCCGGGGUCUCCAGGGAUUCUCCGGUGCUGCAGUCUGGGUUGCUGGCCUGGCACUUGUCGUUGAUACCGUGGAUGAUAGCAGAGUUGCAGAAGCCAUGGGAUACACCACCAUGGGCCUGAGUCUGGGGUCUCUAUUAGGCCCGGCUGCCGGUGGAGUGUUGUACGACAAACUUGGGUUCUAUGGAGCAUUCUACGUGCCGAUUGGAUUGAUAAUUUUGGACGUUAUUUUGCGGGUGGUCUUGAUUGAGCCUAGUGCUGCCAAACAGUGGAAAGUUAUGGAAAGUGAUGAACACUCACCGUUGCUGCAACCCCCGACAUCCGCUACCAACAACUCAAAUAAACCCAAUUCAACGUUUCAAAUAUUCCAUUUACUGGGCCAAAGGCGUCUCCUUGUGGCUUUAUUAGGUGGUCUAGUUGGUGCCCUUACCUUCUCUGCAUUUGAAACAACACUUCCUCUCUUCCUAAUCGAGUCUUUCCACUGGUCUUCCAGCAGUAUAGGACUCGUCUUUUUCAUUAUGGCGAUUCCCGGCAUGGCUGGUGCCCUAGUUGGAAAGUUAGUUGACAGAUGUGGACCGCGAGUCUCCGCCACGGUGUCUUUUACCAUUGCAGGUGCAACCUUAAUCCCGCUCCGCUUUGUCCAUCACCCUGUCCUAGCAGAAUAUUCUCUGCUGAUCGGUCUCCUGGCAACAAACGGCUUAGCAAUCUGCGCGGCUUCCCUUGCCGCAAUGUCAGAAGUGUUUGAAGUUGUUUACUCUCCUGAGAGCAGUGGUGCAUCGAACAAUGCGAACCCUGUGGCCCAGGGAUAUGCUCUGUAUAAUAUGGCAUUUGCUGGCGGACAGCUUGUUGGUCCGAUUUUAGGAGGCUUUCUCAAGGCUCGCCUUGGAUGGAAUACCAUGACACUAGUUAUUGCUUUGGUAUCGGGUGCUACGGCUGUUGCCAGCGCCCUAUAUGCAGGAGAACAGGCCCCAUACGACGAACUUAUCGGCCCGGAGGAGGUGACGGCUGCAUAG